AAUAAAAUUGGACUCCCCUACCCGCCAAAUUCACCACCAAGGCUUCUGAUCAUUCAGUUCCUUGCGUCGCUCGUUGCGAACCAACCGUACCACUCUCUUCCCGCCUCAUUGGCCAUGGCGCCCUCGAGCAUGUUUUCCAAGUUGCGCCCCGGCCAUGCAAAGCGCAAUGCUUCGAGUCUCAGCUCCCCCGAACCCGUUUCCAGUUCUCCCGUCCCCAGUCCUGCACCAUCCCACGACUACCUGAGCAGCCCGCGCCCGCUCGAUGCGGCCAGUCUUGCUUCUAGCUCCCCCGUCUCUCCGUAUCCACCGCAGCUACCCCCCAUUCCGCGCGUAGCUUCCAAGCUGGAAAGAUCAGGAAACAGCUCUCUACUGAGCCCCCAAAGCGCCGCCGAUCAUGGGAGGAGAGAACAUACGGAAGGGUUGCGGUCACCAUCUUUCCAUGCGCAGGAGCAGGUCUCGCCGGGAUUGGAUGGAAGACGGCCGCCGUCAGCGACAUCCUUCAAGUCACAGACUCAGAGUCUGGCGCACGUUGUAGAGCAAGCAGUUCAGGCCGACACACAAUCGCGAGCUUCAGUCGUAAGCAGUGCCCAGAGCGAGAAGCCCCAGUCCGGCGCUGCACGCCCUGCACCUCCCACCAAGAGCAAGUCGCGACUCAACAUAAGGAAUCCCAUGUCCAUCUUGAUGCGGAGACGGUCGGGCCAAACCCUUGACCCACUGGCUGACGAAUCUCUCGUCACCAUCCGGUCGCCUAACAACAUCCCUCCUGUGCCAGACAACUAUGACCCCAGCAUUCGUGGGCGCAUUGUCCACGACUUCUCCGCCCCAAGACCCAACAGGAACUUCUCGUACAACAACGCCUACGCCGAAGAGCAGACCAGGGCUGAUCCGAGUCCACCCAAGAUCGAACGUUCGCACACGCCAGUCUUCCGUGAACAUUUUGACGAUGAGACGAGCUAUGAGCAGACUCAAGCUAACAUACGGGCUGAGCAGCUGGCAAACAAUGACUUUCUGAAGCGAAACAGCUAUGUCCCACCGCCUCCUCCUGCGAGGACUCCGCCACUUCCUCCCCCUGCGCCAAAGGCCUCCCCAGCCGUGUCCUCUCCACCCUCAAAAGCUGCAGUUCCUUCUCCGCCACCCGCAGAGCCUUUGCAUGACUUUGCAUCGUCUGUCUUGUCACCGGUGGAGGAAAUGCCAGAUCCUUCGACCCCCACGAGUCCUCGAUCUGCAACCUCGCCGCGAGCUCGCAAAUCAGCAAAAACCCCACCAUCAUCACGAUCACGGGCCGCAUCAGUCAAUGACCCAUCUUUCACGCCGGCCGGUCUCCCUUCACAUCUCACGAGUCGGGCUUCGAGGUUUAGUUUUCAGAUCGCGGAUCCAGACUCAGCUGCGCAAGAGAAGAUCUUGGAGGAUCGUCACAAGGAGAAAGAAGCAGAGAAGGCGUCCAAGCAAGUUCGCAUUUCCACGGCCACCAUGGACGAUGAGUACGAUGAAUACGGGAUGGACGACUUCGACAUGGACGGCGGCUAUGAAGAAGAGAUACCUAUGUUGGGCGAGGAGGAAGAGUACGCUGGCCUUGGUGACCAGACUAUGUCACCGGGCAUGGCUGCUUUCGACUUUUCCUCCUUGUCCUUACCCCUCAAUAACAUCAACUCGAUGAGUUCCAUGGGCAUGAUGGGCGGGACGCAGACGCCGCGCGAUGACAAUGGUAACCCUAUCGGCUUCGCCACAUCCGGGCACAACCAACAGCAAGCCAUGCACGGGUUUGGUCUAACGAAUAUGGCACAACCAUCCAACGAUCCAGUCGGGUUCACGCCUGUGGAGACGCCAGAUGAAAUCAAAAUACCUGCGAAGAAGGAGCUGGCUCUCGAUGCGGGUCUAGAUGACGAUCUCUACUUUGACGAUGGCAUGAUAGAAGAGCAGGGUAAUACAAAUGCGGUUGCAUUUGAUGAAGACAUGUUCGACGAUCCGAAUGGGCCUUUGUUCGAACGAAAAGUAAAACAGCCUUCUGUUAGUGCGAGUGGCCCAGCCUCGCAGCCCAUGCUUCACUCUGGUUCGGAAACGGGUUACGAGGCCGACGACGAUACACUGUCAAAACAUCUCGAGAAGUCGGCACCCACUUUAGCCCACAAGACUUCAGUUGCACAACAACGUGGAAUUCCGGAAUUCGGUAACCUCGAUGCGUACCAUGGCGCUUUAGCAGACGCCGCCAACCGGGCCGAAGCAGAUGGUCGCUUUUCCCGCAAGGCUAGUGUGGAUGGCAGGCAAAGUAGCCUGUACGACGAUGAUUCCUCAUCCAUCAGUAAUUCACGGCCCAGUCUUGUACCAGAUGAUGGUCGUUUUAGCCAGGAGACAACGGGAUUCCCCCCAGAUGACGAUCCUUAUGGCAUGAGCUCCAGCUUUGUGGAUGAUUAUGACUACAGCGACUAUGAUUCUGCUCUCGAGGAUGAUCCAAUGAUUGCGGCGGCCAAUGCUGAAGCGCUUGCCAACGACUACGAAGGCUUUUAUGGCUCGGAGUUUGGCUUUUACGCCUCACAGGGCGAACAGCCCAAUGCAUUUGGCGGUGUAUUUGGACCUUCGCGCACUUUGAGCGGCCGCAACAUUGUCCGGGAACCCUCUCUUACGCCGAUCACAGAACGCAGUGAAUAUAGUACGCGGAACUCGUUCAUUAGUAUUCGCGGUAGUCAGCAACUUACCAGCCCUGGUCUUGCUCAGCUCGCAAGACUCAGUCCGUAUGGCUGGCCACGUGAGGACGAGGAUAUGAGUCUGGACAGCCUGCUGAAAGUCAGAAAGGCGACGUUUGGGGGAAGCGCCUCGGGAAGCAGGGAGGGCAGUCCCAGGACUUCCAGUCCCAUGGGUAUGCAAUUCCUACCUAGAUCCAGCCCUCCAACGGGCGGGAGAAUGCACGAGCAAAACGGGAGUGCAGUAGAGAGCGAGCAAGAACCCGGUGACACAGAAGAAAGUGACGACGAGGGUCUCGUGAAUGCCGCCAACGGUGUAUCUUCCGACGAAUACUCGGACAGUAAUCUGGACGAUCUAAAUGGCUACGACCACGAAGACAGACCCGACAGCCCAACCUUGACCGCCAGCGACUACGCAUCCAUAUCGAGUCCAACCUCGCAUCUGCCUCUCUCGCCUCUCCCUCCCAUGCCACUCUAUUCUCCCCCCGCAGUCCCAGUUCGACUCCCUACCGGCUUCCCCGUCGCCCUCCCUCUCCCGUCUCCAAACAUCAUGCAACCGCUCAAAUCCCCGUCCGCUGUCCCCCUCCCCAAUUCCCCGCCAUCCCAAGCCCAACUCCCGCCUCUCACCCUCUCAACCGCAUUCUCCCAAAACUCCACGCAAUCCCCAACCUUCCACACCCCAUCUACAGCAACGACCCCGUCCGCGCCCCGUCGUCCCUCGCUCGGCCUCGUAAGCCCUAGUAGCACUACUAGUCCCGUCACACCCAGCGCCACCACUGCCACUGUUGGCCCGCCUGGGACCCCGGGCUGGAAAUCGGCGCAUCAUACUCAUCAUGGUCAUGGUCCAGGGCAUAGCCGCAAGAGCAGUGCUGCGGACCGCGAUAGCGUGACGUAUGUGAGGGAACAUGACGAGGAAGGAGGGGAGCGGUGGGUUUUGGAGCGUAGGAGGACGGCGGAGAGCGGCGAGUUGGAAUUGGUUGGACGGAGUAUUGUUGAGGGGGGCACGAUCUAA